UCGUAUGUCGCCUUUGACUAUAUAACUAUGGACUGCUAGCAGCUUACUUUUCCACGCAAUAAGUGUCUACAAACAUCUGCAGCGCCGCCAGUACUAAACACGGCAAAUGAUGGAACUCGUUGAGCAUAACGAAUGAUAACGAAGUAGACGUAUCUAGUAGCUAUAUAUUAUACCAUAUGAGAUAUAUAAUAACACGGCAAUUACAAACAAGAAAAUAAUAAAUAAAAAUGAAAUACUGUGUUGUCCAUUGGUGCAAUAAUUCUAUUCAUAAAAAGAAAAAGACAGGAAAGCAUGUGGCUUUAUUUGCAUUUCCAAAAAAUCUGGAACAUCGUACAAAAUGGGUGAAAGCAUUGAAAAAUGUGGCCAUAAAAACAAAUAGCACUGUAUGUCAAGAACAUUUUAAUGAAACCUGUAUGUACAAAACUGGAUUGUCAUCAUUACGCUUGUACGAAGGAUCUGUACCAUCUAUAUUUCCACAUGUUUCUAAUUUAAGCAUAACAGAAAGUAUACACUGUAACGAAAACAAUAAUGCAUCUUCUGAAGCAUUGAUGGAAGAUGAAUCAACAAUUGGUUCUCAUCAAGGACAAAUACAAGAUAAUAUGACGUAUUCAACAAAAACCAAUACUGUGGCGUCAAGUGAUAAAUGUUUAAUAAGAUAUCCAGGAGAUAUUACAACCGAAAAAGUGGCAAAUAUGUCGUCAAGUAGUUUAAGGAAGUAUGUUACUAUAUUAAGAAAGAAAUAUAAUGCUCAACAGAUUGCAAUGAAUCGUUUAAGAUCUCAAGUAUAUAGUCAGAAGAAAACAAUUGAGAGUUUAAAACAGUUGUUCACUGCUCUAAGAAAAAAUAAUUAUAUUUCCUCUAAUGCUGAGCAAGUAUUACAGGUAAUUAAAACAGAUACUCCUUCACCUACAUAUACUUGAAUCGUAUUGUAAAACCCUUUAUAGGCUGAAAUACAUAAAUGGCCAAAAUAGGUAUUUGAAAAUACAAAAUGCAAAAUAGGUAUUUUACAAAUGCUACAAAUUACAAAAUAAAAUUACAAAUUUUACAAAUA